AUGCCCGUCCAACUACUUCCGGCGUCGGCCGCCGCUUUCGCUCCCCGGGCUUCAUCAGUCAACGUUGUCUUGGGUUCAAAAGUCGAGUCUUGGCUUACACAGACUCUCAAGCGCAUCAACCGCGUCAAGCGUCCUCUCAACUCUGUACCCCAGCAUCAGCGGUGCCUCACCGAGACUCUCUCGUCACCAAACGCCAUAUGGACCUUGACCUCUCUCAUGCUGCCCAAGACCCCCGAGUCAGACUUCAAGCGUGAUGCCAGCAACCCUCUGGUCGAGGCCAUCAUGAACUACGAGCUCAUACAUGUCGAGGCUUACAUUGUCCAUGUCGACAUGGUUCUGCGAAAUGAGGUCGCCUACAAGCUCACCAAGGACACCAUCGAUGCUCUCGUCGAGUACCACAAGGAAAUCCACUGUGUCGAUGCAAAGGCCAACACCUACGACUGGACAGACAAGGAGCAGCAAUGCAAGAAGCUUCACGACGAUUUUGUUCAAGACAUCAACAAGUUUGUCUUCCGCACCCACGUCUCUGCUCUCGAGGGUCUCGAGGAGGAGGGCGCUGGUGAACUCCUCUGUGGCAAGAGCGAGGAGGUCAAGAACUGCAUCAGUGCUCUUAUGAAGCCCCUGUUACCCCCUCCUCCUCCUCGUGUCGUCGAAGUUGUCCGACAACCUACGCUGCUCCCUAGCUCUCCUGUCAACAACAUGUGGUCGCAGCAUGGUCUUCACGGCAAUCUUGCUGCUGUUGACUCAUGGAGGGUACUUCCCUCAAGCCCCAGCGUCACAUCAUCGGCCGACUCAAACACAAGUCCUAUCUGGGCACCCAUGACCAUGGAUGAUCUGUCACCUACUCCCGCCUUCACCCAGCCUCACUCCACGGCCGGCUUCUUCUGGAGCUCGCCUCAAGUGACAGCACCCAUCCCCGCUCUCCCUCUUCCUAGUAUGCUCGCCCCUGCUCAAUGUGGUGUCGGCAUGGGCAUGACAGGAAUGGGGGGCAUGAGCGGCAUGAGCGGCAUGGGAGGCUUUGGCUGGGACCGAUACCAAGAGUAUGCGACCAUCAUGUGA